ACAGCACUAAGCUAAAGGAUGUGAUUUGGUAGUUUUCAUAAUUGUCGUCUCCUUUCUUCACUAUGGCGCAGCCGGCGGAGAAAGCGUAUUAUCGCUUUGUGGUGCUGUUCUUCAACUGCAUGCUGACAUUUGGUUCCUACUUCUGCUUUGACAUGCCUAGUGUUUUGCAGGAUCAGUUCCAAGGGAAUCUGACAUGUCCCAAUGCAACAGUGAUCAAUGGGACGGUGGACUGUGUGAUGGGGCUGGGGAUGAGCCCUGAGCAGUACAACCUUCUCUAUGCUAUCUAUGCUUGGACGAAUGCGGUAGUGGUGAUAAUGGCUGGGUUCCUGAUUGACAAAUUAGGAAAUCGCUUUGGGGUGUUUCUCUUCUCUUUCCUGUGUGUUUUGGGCUCAUCCCUGUUUGCACUGGGUUCCCACUUCAAAGGAACCCCCUAUCUGCUGCCACUGAUGCUCACCGGGCGACUGCUGUUUGGAUCGGGCAAUGGAUCUCUGACCAUUGUUCAGAACCGCAUCACAGCUUUCUGGUUCAAAGGGAAGGAGCUGGCCUUGGCCUUUGGGCUGACCCUGGCUUUCUCUCGCCUGGGUUCAGUCCUGAACUUCUUUCUCACCCAGAGAUUUGAGGAAAAAUAUGGCAUGCAGUGGACACUUUGGGGUGGGGCACUAUUAUGUGUGUUGGGCUUUUUAUCCGCCAUCAUCGUCAGUGCCUUGGACAAGAUUGGAAUGAGGCAGCUGGGUCUUGAUGGCGCCAUCCAAGAGGAGUCCCGCAAAGUGAGGGUUCAGGAUGUGAAGUUCCUGUCGCUGAGAUACUGGCUGCUGGUUCUUACCAUCAUGUUCUUCUACAACGGCAUCUUCCCGUUCAUUGCCGAUGCCAGCAAGUUCAUUCAGGAUAAGUACAGUGAUUACAGUCAGAAGGAGGCAUCCUAUAUCGCUGGGGCGGUUUAUGACAGCUCACUGGUCCUCUCAGCCAGCGUAGGCAUUCUCAUAGAUUAUGUGGGUCUGAGGGGUAUUUUCGCACUGGCCUGUGCUGUCCUCACACUGCCUGUGUUUGGACUCCUGGCCUUCACCUUCGUCCCUCCUCUGGUCUCCACCAUAUGGCUGGGAGUCACCUACUCCUUUGCUGCUGCAAGCAUGUGGCCAUCUAUUCCUCUUGUAGUACCCCAGGCAACUCUGGGCACAGCCAUGGGCCUGGCCACCUCCAUACAGAUGGUUGGGAUCGGGUUGUCCAAUCUGGUUGUCGGACACAUUUUAGGCACCAAGUCUAGUGAAACUAAGAUUCCGUUGUGGCGUUGGCAGAGGAUGAUGAUCUUCAUGUUGGCCAACACCAUCUGCUGCAUCGUUACCUCAGUGCUCCUCAACAUUGUCGACCACAGACAGGGCGGGAUCCUGAACAAGACAACCAAGAGGUCAGGGCAGGACUCAGACAGGGAGCCUCUCAACGAGGGAGAGCAAGAGCAAAAUGAGGACGAGGAUGAUGGGACUGUCCGGUCUCAUUCCAUCAACUCAUGAGUUUUUCAUGUUACCACUUUCCCCAAGUUUGAACAUUUCUCUCCCUCCUUUUGAUACACAGUAUUUUUGUACCAGUUUUGGCCAGAUUCAGUUUACUGUGCACCUCACUGGAACCUUAAUGGUUUAAAAUAAAUCCCUGUUAAACAGUAUUUACACUCAAAUAAUAUCUGUGUUAUAGUAAGUAUACUCUAAAUAUUUCAGGAUUUUAAGUAAUAUGGGUAAAAAAGUAAAACUGUCAUUUGAAUUUUUGUUGUUGUUUUGUUUACUUGAUCUGAAAGACAUUUUGUCUGUUUUAUCAUCACUCAGCUGUGGAUUGUUGAUCUCUUACGCUGCCAAAACAGUAAAAAUAAAUCCUCGGAUCUUCGCUGUUUGUCUGAAUAAAUAAUAUUCUUAGUGUGAUGCAUAUGUUUACUUGGUACCGUCCAGUUGGUGGUGGAUGGCAAGUAAUUGUAGUUUCUGAUUCAUCACAGCCUUGUUUAUUUUAUUGGAUGGGGCAUUAUACAGCCGAUGAAAUGUAUGUAUGAUGACCCAUAGUAGUCUGGUUUACAUCAUAAUUACAUCCAGUAGGUGGCGCUCCUUACAUGUUUGUUUGCAAAGACUGAAAUGCAGUUGGUGUAGUCAAUGCAAAAUUGUCAAGACACCUUAUUCAGUAGGCAUCCUUUCAGUUCUGUGGUUCCUCAGCAUCAUGAUGUCAACAACUGCCAGAAUGUAGACUAUGUUUACCAUAAAUACAUAUAGAUAAAUACGGCAGUGUGGCAUGCUUUUGAUACAUUUUCUCAUAUAUAAUUAGGAUUUUUCCUCUGGAAUAUAAUGAAAUAUUAAACAUUGUUGACUUGGAAUGGCCUGCACACACAAUGUAAAUAUUCUGUGCUUCUGCAUCAUUUUUGCCAACAUAUAUUCCUGUUUUGCUCAUAUUACCAGUAGAAGUUGUGGCAUAUACCAGCUGAUAUUGAAUAAAAUGCAGAAGCACAUAUUAAUCCUCUAAAAUGUUUUUGAAAACUGUCCAGUUAGACACAUAAUAUUGCUGAAUAUAACUUUUAUCACUCCCAAUUAGAAAAAACGUGAAUUUUUUUUAUUUGUCCCAGAAGGAUGAAAAGACAAGGUUGUAGCUCACUUUGUAAUGUGUUCAAUCAGAUGUGUUGUUAUAGAAAAUAUUACCUUGGAGACUGUUUUCAAUCGACUUCAACAUAUUGUAAACCUCUGAAAGGGUUUUAGCAAUGACAUUCAAUAAAGUAU